GUUGCGCUCCGUUCGCCAGCUAAUGAGCCUGUCAGGAAGCGAAACCAGAUUGUACUGCGCAUGUGCAGUAAUCCGAUGGUUUGAGUCGUGACGUCGCCUCUUGUGACUAUCCUUGACGAGAAGGCGGAAGCUGGUUUGGAAAGUUCUCGAAAGACGAAUCUCUGUCAACACCAUGGCUUCACCAACCCCUCUGUCCAAGGCCAACACCACCUUCUCUCUGGCUCUGCUCAAAAAGUUCGGAGAUGAAGACAAGACAGCGAAUGUCUUCUACUCCCCUUUCAGCAUCUCUUCAGCUCUGGCUAUGGUGAUGCUGGGGGCCCGGGGCAACACAGCCACGCAGAUGUCAGAGUGCCUGAAAACCCAGGAUUGUCUGGAUGAAGUCCACGUCAGCUUUGGCCAACUGCUGAGCGAGCUCAACAAGGCUGACGCUCCGUAUGCCCUCAGUGUUGCCAACAGGCUGUACGGGGAGCAGUCCUACGAGUUUUUGGAGGAUUAUUUAGGAAACACCAAGAAGCACUACAGGGCAGAGCUGCAGUCGGUGGACUUCAAAGCCGGCUCAGAGGCGGCCAGGCUCAACAUCAACGCAUGGGUGCAGGAGCAGACACAAGAUAAAAUUAAGGACUUGCUGGCCAAGGGUGUUGUGGACAGCCUCACCAGGCUAGUGCUGGUCAAUGCCAUCUACUUCAAAGGCAACUGGAACAAGCAGUUUGAAGAGAGUGCCACAGAGGACGCUCAGUUUAGACUCAACAAGAAUGAAACCAAGUCAGUGAAGAUGAUGCACCAGAAAUCCAAGUUCCCCUUGGCUUAUAUCCCAGAAGCCAGCUGCCAGAUCCUAGAGAUACCUUACAAAGGAAAGGAGCUCAGCAUGCUCAUCUUUUUACCCAAUGAGAUAGAGGACAGUACAACAGGUCUGGAGAAGAUAGAGAAGGAGCUGACCUAUGAGAACUUUGUGGAGUGGACUCGUCCAGACAUGAUGGAUGUAGUUGAGCUCCAGGUGGGGCUUCCUCGGUUCAAGAUGGAGGAGAACUACGACAUGAAGAAUGUCCUCGUCAGCAUGGGCAUGGUGGAUGCUUUCGACAUGUCAAUGUCUGACUUCUCUGGCAUGGGUCCCGGCGACGACCUGGUGCUGUCGAAAGUCGUCCACAAGGCUUUCGUGGAGGUCAACGAGGAGGGAACUGAGGCGGCUGCCGCCACUGCGGCUCUCAUGAUGCUUGGCUGUGCCAGGCCCAUGACACGCCCCUUCAUCGCAGACCACCCGUUCCUCUUCUUCAUCCGGCAUAACAAGUCCAUGAGCAUUCUCUUUGCUGGCCGGUUCUGCUCCCCAAAGUGAUCACGCCAUUGAGAACGGUGUUUCUUAACCGGAGGGGGAGGGGUACCACACAUCUACUAUUACAACAGUUUACCAUGUUAUUAGCAUUGCUUGAAGAAUGUUGAUAAUCAGCACUCUGGAGUCCUCUGUUUUUAACACCAGAAUGACCAGUAACGUUGGAGGUGUUGACAUGUCCUCAAUGUGGCUUCUUGGUUGCAUCACCUCUGGGUGUUUCUAGAGGUUUGUGGAGUUGCACUGUUUGAUCUUUUGCACCUAAUCUCCUCUUGAGGAUCUGGUUUACUUUGUCUGUACUACAUGUAUAGCUUUGUUUGCUGCACCCUUUACACCCUACCCGAGUUCAUCUUUACCAUUAAAGCCUGACACCCUGAGAAAGAGUUCGCCUAAUCACAAAUCAUCUUUGUACUAUCAACUCUCAUUUAUACCAUAUGAAAAUACAACUGUUGUAAUAUUUGCUGCAUUUUGUCUGAACUUGCAAUUUCAAUACGUGAUAUGUUCUGUCAACGAAAGAGAAUAAUGUUAUGGCAUCACAUUGUCAGAUAGAUAUGUCCUUAGUGAUUGGCGUAGUCAAAGAAAGUGUGGUUAUUUGUAAGUGUACCAUUAUGCUCUGCGACCGACAGCCAUAUGACCAUUAUGCAUAUAAUAAAUAUAGACUAUAAAGAACAAGAUCUUACAUAAAUGCAGGUCCAGGUCAGUUCAUGUAUCCUGAUGCUUUUACAUGUGGAAUAAAAGUUUGUGGAUAAAAUAUA